UUUCAUUUUUGUUCAGUUAAUGAAUUAUACAUACGCACUAACCUAUUUUAAAAUAGAAAUUAUAUUACUGGGUUAACCUCUGUGACAAUAAACAUUUACUUCGGUUAAUAGAAACAGAUUGAAAAGAGAAUUCCUGCAUUCUCAGUGACCAUUGAAAAUGGAAUCAAUCUCCAGUCUCAGAAGUAAAGAUAAAAAAAAAAGGAAAAUUUCAGAAGUGAUUGACGUGGAACGCGUAAUAAAGGACUUCCGGCGACGGUCUGAGGAGGAUGCUGCAAGUCUUCGAAUCCCAUGGAAAAAAUUAAGUGAUUUAAAAUCUGUUGGGACGGUGACAGAAACUAAUGGGGAGGUACAUUUCGUCACCGGUAGCAAGUACAUGGGAGCAUGGGAUGAAACUGGCAUGUCGGGGGUUGGCAGAUACACGAUGCCACACGGUGCAAUUUUUGAGGGUGAACUUCGCGACGGCGUCUUUCACGGUCACGGUACAUUAGAAUGGCCACAAAAGCAACGGAUCGACGGAGUCUGGCUUUGCGGUAAAUUACAGGAAAAACGAUACACGUUCAGUGAUGGGUUGGUCUUCCAAGAAAAGGACUGGAGUUAUUGUCGGUUCCCCGACCGACGAUUUUUUCAGUGUAUAAAAGAAGGAUUAAAUCCUGCUGGAAAAUGUUUAAAAACUGCUAGACAACCAACUCCGGUGAUGCUUCCUUCAUGUUAUGAUACUGGUGAUGGUAUUUUCAAUCCAAAUACGUGGAGUGUCUCAUCCUAUGAAUUACCAGAUAAAGUAUUAAGAAUCCCCAAAAAUGAAGAUACCAACUGGAUUAUGGAAAAUUGUCGUAAAGGAUCAAGUUCACCUGAUGGUUACCAGCCACUUUUUAAUGAAAAUUGGUCAAAUGACCCACCAAAUCUGCCCUACAGUUUGCCUAUGUCUGAUGAUUCUCCCCAAACUUGGUGGAAAAGAUUAAGCACCUUCGAAAGAGAUGUGGAAGUGGAAGUGAAUAAGGAACCUGUUCUCGGAGGGGAGGAUAUCAGCCAAGAACCAUGGAAUUGUUAUGAAGUUAGUUCUUGGGAAGAAUCUUUUUAUUCAUCAUCAAGUGAAGGUCAUUGCCCUUGUAUAAAAGAUAAAAAAUACGAGACUGACAUUGAAAAAGAAGAGUAUGCAGCUUUUCGAGAAAUUAUUUCCAAUGAAUGGGGCAAAUACGAUGACCUAGAUUUGUCUAAAACAAAUUGCACAUCCCCUCAGAGUCGAGAAGCUUCAUUUUCAGAUUUCUUAAGAUAUAAAUCUGAAAUAUCCUCGGAAAGUGAUUUGUCAGAAGAAAAAUUUGAAGUUAAUUCAUCAAAUUUGAGUUUGGAGAAAAAAAUUAAUGAAAUGGAGAAACUAAAGAUACUUGAUGAAACAGCAAUAAAAGCUUCAAUUCUGACUGAAAAUAAAGUCAAUAUGGAAGAUGACGAAAGAAUGAAAAAAGGAGAAAUAGAGAAAGCAGAAGAGGAACUUGAGGAGAUAAUGAUGAAGUCGAGGGACGAGGAGAUAUUAGAAGACUCAAGUGAACAGGAAAUGGAUCAAAAAAAUAAAAGUGGAGGUAGCGCAGAAAAUGAAGACAAAUUAGGAAAAGAUGCACAAAAAGAAAACGAAGAAAAAGAAGAAACUAGGGAAGUUCAAUUGGAAGAAUCCGAUUUAUCGGAAGCAGAAAAAUUAAAAGGAUUAGGUGCAAAUGAAGAUAGAAUAGAAGAUAUAUCAGAACAGGAAAAAUUAAAAAAUCGAAAUAAUAAAGAGGAUAAAGAAGAUGAGAAAGAAAAAUCGAAAACUGAUCAUUUAGAAGAAACUGAAGAAAGUGAAGAUAUAGGUGAAAAUAAAAAAGCUAGAAAAGAUCAAUUCAAACCUGAUAUAUACAAAACAGUAAUAAUAAAGAAUUUAAAAGGUCCAGAAGAUAAAACCAAAGUUGAUCAUUUGGAGGCAACUGCUGGUCAAGAAAUAAAAGAUCAGGAAGAAGCUCUUCAGUUUUCGGCAGUUUUUGAAGCUCCAAGGUCGAAACUUGAAUUUGUAAGGAAGCCUUGUGAUCCUAAAAUUUGUUCAAAAUAUGCAUCAGAAGGAUGUUCUCAAUUUUCUGGAAAUCGAGUCCCAUCUUGCAAAUCCAGAAGAGCCAUUGAAAUGGUACACCUGCGAGUCCCAAAUAAAAAUUGCCAUAAAUAAAUUGUUUAAUAUUAUGAAAAAAAUUAAAAUUUCUUAUU